AUGACAUUCCGUUCGCUUCUUCUUUUCGCUUUUCUGCUCACUCUUCCAUCGGCUUUUGCAGAAAGCAAACACUGGCGUGAGUCGUUUUCAUUUGUUCAUUUAUACAUCGUCUCUUCCAGAAUGGCGUCUGAUUUCGUGCAAAGAGGGCGAUUCUUCGGUACAGAAGAAGGAGGCGUCGGCGUGCAAAGUGUCUCUUCUGGAGACCGAGGACGAUCCGAAUCCGCGCUCGGCUCCGUUCGAUCCGUGCUUUGAGGAGGACUCGAACGGAAAGCCGCGCAACUACUGUAACAUUGUCUGUCCGGGUGCCGACACCGCCUAUCUCAUCAAGCGAAUCCCGCAGAAUCACAGAAGUUGCUUCGGCCAUUUCACAUACAAAAUCGAGAAGAGAUCUCCGAAUUUCUUCAUUUGGCGCGAUGCCAAGUACGUAUGAAAAUCAGAAUCAGAAUCCAUUUGAACUUUCAGAUGUCGUUCCUCGAGUGUCGAGUUUCUCAUUCGUUGCGAAUUCCUUUCGGCGAGAAGUUCGUUCCCGUCGGACGAGGAGAUUUUCGUGGAAGCCAACAAGAUUGCCACCGACCUUCGCCAAUAA